AUUUUAUAUGGCCUAAAGGAUAUUGAAUUCAGGACCAUUAGAUGAGUCUCAAAUCAUUAUCUAGGAGAAAUUUUUAUCAAAGGAAAAGCAAAUAUUAUCAAAGUGCAUCCCAUAAAACAAAUCCCACAUAAGAAAUGUAUCCUUCUUUUGCAUGAAAGAUAAUUAUCUGAGAUAUUAGACAGAGCAAGACAACGCUGAUUCGUUAGAAAUAUGGUUGUCAAAAUAAAAGAAUGUAAACUAUUGGAAUAUAUUGUCCUAAUUACUUGUAGGAAUAUCGUAGAUACAUUAGCUUGGAUUUAUUGGUAGAAGCUUAAAAUAUGAGGAGAUUAGAGUUGUUGACAAUAAUUUAAUUUACAGAACUUUUGAUUAUGCAGAUCGUCUCAGUUAUGCUCCAGAAAAUAAAUUAUUGAAAUUCUCUACUUAUGAAACCGAUCUUUGGUUAGUAGGAGCCAUUAUGUGGAGAAUUAUUAAAGGAAUUUCGAUAUAUGAUGAACUACAAUAAAGUGACAAUAUAAGUGAAAUAACAUUAACAUUUAAUUUCUAGAGAAAUGAAGCAAAUAUCGAUUAAGAACUAUAUUAAUUGCUUUCCAAAAUGCUGUAAAUUUACCAAAAUAAUCGAAUCUCCUUAGUUUAAAUAUUCUAAUACCCUAAACUAAAUUUGCCUUCUACUUAAGUUUAAACAAUUUGCAAUUUCUACUAAAAAAUAUAAUUAAAAUCCGUAUUGAAGUUUAGAAAGUACUCCUUUUUGAGGGAUUAUUAAUUGUAUUUAAGCAAACCAAGCAUGCCUCCUAGGAUAUUUUGCUUUUAUUUAGAAGAUUCUCCAAUCUUAAAAUGUUUCUAUUAGUAAUAUAUUGAAAUCCAACUACUGAAUUUUGCUUAUCAUUUAUCAUUUUACUUUCCUAAUUAAGAUCCUGAAGUCUUAAAAGAAUUAGAUAAAUUAAUCAUUUAAAAGAUGAUUUUAAUCUCCAAAAAAUUAAAAUAAUAAAUCAUCUUGACUAUUUUGCCAACUUAAUUUAUAGGUUAAGAGGAAUUAUUCAUUAAUGAUCCCAAUUACCAUAAAUUGAAAAAUCAAAUCAUCACUUAAUUGAAUAAACUAUUUGAAAUGAAUAAGAAGUAUUUCCAGGAUUCUGAAUUACUCAAUAUAUAGGAAAUUGAUCAUAAAUUUAACUCUUAUUCUACUGAUGGUAAUAGAACUCUCAUGAGUUGUCUAUUGAUUAAUAUUCUAAAAAAUAGUAGUGUUAAUGAAAAAUCCCAUAUUUACAUUUAGUCUCUGACUUUAGAGAAAAUGUUCGAAAAUGAAGUUCAAGAAAGACUUAAAUGA